ACAUUGCAACCGCGGCUUUCGCAUCUCUACCACACCCUCUUACAGCUGGCCUCGCACGCGCGGAGCUACUUUCCUCACCUGCUAUCGCUAGUUGUUCAAAGUCUCAAUGGCCCAACCUGUCGCCGAACAAAGGAGACCAGUGGCCCUAGUCCUCCAUUACAUUCACGCCAAUGCCAGGAACGACGUGCUUCUCAAGCUGCCGGGUUAUAGGGAAUUGAUGGAGGAAAUGAAAGCUCAACUGAUCAGCUCGGAAUAUAAGGUCAUUGUGAAGGAGUAUGACGAAACGGAAGAGGCUGUGUCGCAUGCAAGAGUCCUUGGUUCGAAAAUACGCGGAGUCUUCUCGAAAUUUUCGAAAGUCAAGGAUGUCUGGGGAGUAGAAGAACAAGAAGUGGUUGUUAAAAACCUGGUGAUUUGGCGGGCGAAACAGUAUUUCUCGCAGGGGUUCCGGGUUCCACGAGAUAUGAAAAAUGAUUUCAAGAAGAAAAAUAUUAAUCUAUCGUUUGUCUGUCUCGGUAGGGUCUCUCAAGGUGAACGUCAGGCCUUUACGCAGUGCCUCCAAGGGGGUCGAACGGACAACCCGCAAGAAUGGAAACACUGGGAUUCAACUCUUCCACCGUGUUUGUUGACUGGAUUUAGGUCAGCCCCGCGGGCCUCCACAUCGACGAGUGGCGUCGCGCCUCCGGGGCUCGAAGCUUCCAUCGUAGGCGCCAGCGGCUCAACUAGUGUAUCAGGGACAUCAAGAUCACUCCCCGCUACGAGCAAUCUCGCGAACGCUGCUUCCCUGGCUCGGGGAUAUCUCGCAUAUCCGAUAGUACCGCAUACCGCUCGCCCAGUCCAUCCUCGAGCUGUUUCUCUGCAACGCUAUGUCCAUCCAACAGGCCACCAUCAACACUCUCCCCAGUGGCAAAUUGCACUUCCCAGUUUGUACCCACGCCAGCGCGCGUCUAUGCUGCCUGUUGAAUACCCCGACUAUGCGGAGCCUAGUAUUCCUGGUCUCCGUAAGAGAGCGCGGGCUAAUACUGAGCCUCCUAGCCCUGUCAAACACUGCCGAACAGAACUGCAGGCUGCGGAUCCGUCUGCGGACGAGUUUUCACAAUGGAUUGACGUGCCGGAAGGACAAUAUGGAUAUUACGCGGAGGCGUCGGGGUUUAUAACGCCACCUCUUUCAGUUUCCACAAGUGAGGCAUCCACAUCAUCUGCCAUCACCCCACCUUUGGAGCUAGGCGUCGCGAAUGUUGCCACUUCCGAACUGGACGCCCUGUCCUACAAUACUUCCGUUUCCCAGUGGCAUCUGCAAUUGGCACAGGCAUCGAACAACGCACCAGGCGCUGUAUUCCAUGAAGCAGGAAAUCCCUUUUUUACGACUCAUACAGAGCAUCAAGCUGGAUAUCACGAUGAGGGCUUUUUGCUCGCAGGACUUGCACAGCUUGAUGAAACUUCGUCGGUAGCGUCGGAAGAACGGAUUGCUUGGAAUGACAAGGGUAAAGGGAAGGCCGUCCCCGUCAAUAAUGCACAUUUGGCCCGAAGCCCCGAAAUUCAGUCAAAUACAAUUACGCAUUCGUCUCCACAAACGCUGGGAGGACAGAGCGCCGUUGUCUCUCCUCAAAUCUCUGUCCCGUCACAGGGUGCAGCGGAAGAGUGCGCUCUUCACGCGACUGUCCAAGCCGAGCAGUCUCAGGUGCAUUUUGGCGGAGAAACGAUUCCGAAAUCAGCAGCACAUCCCUUGCUGAGUCAAUACCAUGGUGACUUAUUAGACCUGAUGUUGUCAUAUCCCCCCGAUCCUCCAAGCGAUAACAGCCCCCCGCCACCAGUCAAUGCCGCAGACUGUCAGCAAGGAGAUGGAGGUAUUCUUCCGCAAGUGAUAUCUGGCGACGACAAUGGCAUGGUUGGCGGGUCUUCCAUUUCUAGGCAGACAUUUGUGGACAUCACUGGUGGGGACAAGGUUGCGUCCGGCUCAGGCGCACCAGGACGGUACGAAAUCGAUGAUGCGGACCAUACGUUACCAUGCGUUGAUCGCUUUGCCAUAGCCGAAGCCUGCGGGAAGCUGGUAGAGCUAUCUUUGGUCAAUCCGCGAUCUCCGAUUUUGUUCGAGUUCUUCGACUGGGUCAAGGCUCAAAAGACUGAGCUCUUCGCUGCCAAGCAUGUCCAGACGGAGCUUCCGGCGUCCGAACAGCAAACUGAAGAUGGUGACGCUAGAGGGAAAACAGUGGUCUCCGGAGAGUAUGGUGCAGAGAAGCUGUCAAAGGAUUCAGCUAAAGAUUAUGACGACGAAGGCAAUGAGAUUACACGCGUACCGCACAAGAAGGAAAUCGGGGGAAGCAACGCUUCGACUGGGGAGUGUUCAGAGAACGCCGGACCUGAACUGCAUGACGACAGCGGCAACGUCUGCCUAACGACGUUUGCAUCCGACGUGGUUGAGAACAGCGAAAAGCUAAUCACUGAUGCCGUUGUCGGACCGAGUUUCGCUGAAAAUGAACGCAGUGCUGAGACUGCGGAUGACGUAAGACACGAAGACGAAGAAGACGAGAGUGAAAACCAGGCCAAAGGUGAAGAGCAAGAGGAACAUCAAGAUGAAGUCGUGCGUGAAGAUCAUGAUCAAGACGGAGAUGAAGGGAAUCGCGAAGACGAUGGGCUGAGUGGUGCCUGCCUCAGCGGGGAUAUCAGUUCGUCGGAAUUACUCACCUUUGGCAUUCUGGAAGCAUUUCCUGGACUCGAUGACCAUGAAAGCGGAUACCUCUGACUGAGCACCGCAUCAACAUCGGGCUGCAUGCCUCCUACGUUCAUCGACAUUCAAUUAACGAUCCGUGUCAUUAUGUGAACCCUACGGUUCAGCAUUCAAGCGUCUUUCCAGGAAG